AUGCGGGGCUGUUAUCAGUGUUUCUGGGUCCUCGUUGUGGUGUAUAUUUCGUGCACAUUAAUAAACGUACUUUGUGAAGAGUCAGUAGGCGUUGAAAGACUGAGUGGUGUAAAGACAUCGACUGUUACUGUUUCAGACCUAACUAAUGAAUCUCUGCAGAAACUUACUGAGAAGUCGGAUGAACACUUGUUCUCUGCAGAAGUUCCUAAAAUGAUGAAGCUCAUAAUCAAUUCAGUAUAUUCAAAUAAAGAGAUAUUUCUGCGUGAGCUGGUUUCAAAUGCUGCUGAUGCCGUUGAAAAUAUCCGCUUCCAGUCCAUAACAAAUGCUGAUGUUCUGUCUUCUCUGUCUGACUUGUCGAUUAUGAUUAAAGCUAACCAACAUGAGAAAACCAUUUCAAUAAGAGACACCGGUAUCGGCAUGACCAGAGAAGAGUUGGUCAAGAACUUGGGUACAAUUGCUAAGUCUGGGACCUCUGAAUUAUUGUCAAAGCUUUCUGAAGGGAAUGGAUCAGCACCGACUGAUCUAAUUGGGCAGUUUGGGGUCGGAUUUUACUCGGCCUUUUUGGUCUCCGAUCGUGUAACGGUUAUCUCGAAACAUAAUGACGACGAUCAAUAUGUUUGGGAAUCAGACUCUACUUCCUUCAAAAUAGCGAAGGACCCUAGAGGGAACACACUUGGGCGUGGUACCGAGGUGAUUUUACACGUAAAGGAGGAGGCAAAGGAGUACCUUCAACAGGAUGUUUUGCGAAAGAUUCUUCAAAAGUACAGUCAGUUUGUUAUGUGUCCAAUCAAAUUGUGGGAAAGUCGGACGGAGAAUGUUGAGGAAGAUACAGAAGAUGAGAAGGUUGACUCGUCGGAUGAAAUCUCGGUAGUGGAAGAAGACAAACCCAAGUCAAAAAGGACCGUGGAAAAGACGGUAUGGGAUUGGGUUCAACUGAAUGAUUUGAAACCUAUUUGGACUAAAAAACCUUCGGAGGUAACGGAAGAAAGCUACAAGGAACUUUUUAAAGUGUUGUCUCAUUCGAACGAGAGUCCUUUGGCACAUAUCCAUUUUUCUGCUGAGGGCGAAGUGUCAUUCAACGCCAUUUUAUUUAUCAGUCCAGUGCCUCGACCCGACCUUUUCCAAUCAGACAAGUUAAUUACGGAUAAUAUAAAGUUAUACGUUCGGAAGGUGUUUAUCACAGAAAAUGUGGACGAGAUGCUCCCUCGUUAUUUAGGCUUUGUUUAUGGCAUUGUUGAUAGCGACAAUCUCCCGCUGAAUGUUUCCCGCGAAAUGCUCCAACAACACAAACUGUUGAAGUUGAUUAAGAAGAAGCUUGUUCGCAAAGUCAUUGAAAUGCUUCAAAAAAUGUCGGACGAGGACUAUGAGAAGUUUUGGAAAGCAUAUUCCGUUGCGAUUAAGUUGGGUGUCCUGCAAGACGCCCCCAACAAGGCCCGAUUGACAGAGCUUUUGCGAUUCUACACUUCGAAGUCAGAAGACAAAUUGACCUCAUUCAGCAAGUACAUUUCUAGAAUGAAGGAAGGUCAGGAGCACAUAUUUUAUGUUGCCGGACAAAACAUUGAUGAGGUGAAGACUUCUCUCUUCGUAGAACGUAUCAAGAGAUUGGGACUUGAGGUUAUUUACUUCACAGAGCCAAUGGAUGAGUAUGUAAUGCAGUCUCUGCACGAGGUAAUGGGCAAAAAGACUCAAAAUCUAGCCAAAGCAGGCCUUGACUUGAAACUUGAUAAGGAUAAACUCGAAGCUCAAGAAAAGCUAUUUAAGCCGUUGACAGACUGGCUGAAGGAUAAGGGCUUGCCUGGUAAAAUCAAGGAUGCUAAGAUUUCCCAGCGGCUUGAGAGCAGCCCGUGUGCGUUGGUGGCUGAUGAGUAUAUGGUGUCUGGCAACUUCCAAAAGGUGAUAUUGGCCCAGGCCUACGCCUCCUCUGAUUCGGCUACCAACUCUUACUAUCUCAAUCAGAAGCAUACACUAGAGAUCAAUCCGCGUCAUCCCCUUAUAAAGAAGCUGAAUGAAGUCAUCCAGAUUGAUCCCGAUGAUGAAGUUGCUAAGGAGAACACCCUCCUUCUAUUUGACACAGCUGUUCUCCGAUCUGGAUACAUUAUGCAAGACCUCAGCGGCUUCGCUGAACGCAUUGAGCGUGAAUUGCGCAAAAACUUGGAUGUGGAUCCGGAUGAACAAGUUGAACCUGAUGAAAGCAUUCCUUCGGAAUCAGAUGGUAACAAUGCAACUGAGAUGGAGUCGACGGAUGUAAAGGAGGAGUUGUAG